UUUAAGUUGUUAAAACGGUGCCGGUGUUUAUUUCAGCGCGUCACGCGCGUGCAGUUCACCAGCAGCACCAUGAACCGCUACAACGCCAUCGGUCUGGGGGUGACGUCAUUAUCGGGAUCUUGUGCGCGUGGUGGAAUAACAGUCAGAAAGCCGGAAGUGGCGGUGGAGUUGAAUGGCGGUGAGUCAAGCUGGAUAUGGAGCUGAGUGGUGGAGACUGGAGCAGAGACGAAACAGAGGAUAAAGAGGACGACUGAUAAAGUUCACGUCCGGUGUUUAAGGAGCAGAUCUCCUACUGAAUGCUACAGACAAGAAACGCUAAAAACAGGAUGAAGUUCGAGAACGUUCUGGAUGAGGCCAAUGGUUUUGGACGUUAUCAGGUUGUGCUCUUCGUGCUGAUGGUGCUCCCACGCAUCACUCUCCCAGGCCACUUCCUGCUGAAUAACUUCAUCGCUGCAACACCAUCCCAUCACUGCAACAUCAGCUGUCUGGACUCUUCUGGUGUUUUUGAUACGAUGACCCCGGAGGACAGGCUGACUGUCAGCAUUCCAAAACAGGAAGAUGGAACCUUCAGUUCCUGUCACAUGUUCUCACAACUUCAGUUGUCUCUUCUGACGAACAAGACGAACACUACAGGACUUCCUGUGGUUCCGUGUCAGAGUGGAUGGGUGUACGACUCCAGCAAGUUCAAGUCCACUUUGGUCUCGCAGUUUGAUCUAGUGUGUAAUACAAAGGGACUAACUAAAGCAGCGGCCACCAUGUUCUUCAUUGGUGUCAUGUUUGGAGCUGUGUUCUAUGGUGUGCUUUGUGACAAGUAUGGCCGUAAGACCAUACUGCUGGUUUGCUACAUCUCGACCAUCAUCUUCAGCGUAGCCAGUGCUGUUUCGACCAGUUUCAUCAUGUUUGCAGCGUUCCGCUUCCUGACAGGAUUCAGUCUUUCUGGAAUCAGCAUCAUAGCCAUCGUUCUCACUAUCGAGUGGGUGGACAUUCAGCAUCGCACCAUUAUUGGUGUGUGUAGCAGCCUUAUCUGGACUGUGGGUAAUUCCCUGCUUGCGGGUGUUGCCUACCUGAUCACUGAUUGGAGGAUACUUGUACUUACAGUGACCUCCCCCCUUGUGAUCACCGUGGCAACCUGGUGGCUGAUCCCAGAGUCGGCUCGCUGGCUGAUCGUGAAUGGAAAGACCGCUGAGGCGUAUAAAUACCUGAAGAAGUGCGCUCAUGUUAACAGGAGAUCGGAUUUCACCUCCACAAUCAAACCUCAGACUCUGUGUGAGGUGGUAACAGGAGAGAAACAGAGUCAUAAUUAUACUUAUGUGGACCUCAUCAAAACUCCACGUUUGAGGAGAAUCACCAUCUACACUGGCAUUGUGUGGUACGGCGUGACCUCCACGUACUAUGGAAUCAGUUUAAACAUCACUGGCUUUGGGCUGGACCUCUACCUCACACACUUCAUCUACGCCAUCAUCGAGCUGCCCGCGAAACUCCUCAUGUACUUCACCAUGAAGAAACUCGGACGAAGAGUCAACCAAGUAGGAACGCAGGUUCUCACAGGACUGUGCAUCAUGAUCAACAUCAUCAUCCCCAAAGAAUACUGGAUAUUUCGGACUGUUCUAGCAGUGUUGGGUAAAGGCCUGUCAGAAGCUUCCUUCACCGUCUUGUUCCUGUACACCACUGAGCUAUUCCCUACGGUGUUACGGCAGAACGGUGUGGGUUACGCUAGUUUUAUGGGUCGAUUGGGUGCAUCCAUCGCUCCCCUCAUCAUGCUGUUGGAGGACCUGUGGCCCCACUUCCCUCAGGUUGUGUUUGGUGUGAUGGCCGUCUUGUCUGGACUCGUGGCUGCUCUGCUUCCUGAAACCAACAACAUUCGCCUGCCAGAGACCAUCGAGGACAUCGAGCAGACCAGAAAGGGCUCAUUCUGCAUGAACACACAGGACCAGAGUGACUCUCCGCUGAAGAGGGACCUGGCUGAAGAUUUGUCCUUGAAUGACCGCCCAUAGUGUGUUUGAGUGAAUUUACAACUAACACACAUGCAUUUCAGUGUGACAUCUUGUAGUUGCAUCAAACUGUAAGACUGUGACACUGGACUUGACACAUUCUCACCAUUAUGUAAUCCCACAGAUCAUCAUGAAUCAACACUUCUCUCAACUCCGGGAUUCUCCUAACACUCCUCCAGAGUUUCUUCUCUGUACUCUUUAACACUGAAGUUUAAGAUUAGUGUCGGUGUGUUCACUUUGACAAUGUCUCUAUGAACCAUUAACUCACACCAGCAAGAAAGAUGUUUUAAUCUGAUUUUUGUAUUGUUUCUUCGUAGCUCAGGUUUGUGUAAUAACUGCAAACAAGAUUAUGACAAACUCUUUUACUACGAACUUUCGCAUAUAACGAACAAAGUUUUUGCCUUUAGUGACAUUCGGAGUCUUCAAAAAAAAAAAAAUCACCACUGAGCCUUGUGUUCCUCUUCUCCUAGAGUCAAUCAAGGCCGCAGUCACAUUAACAACACGUGUUAAUGCCAUAAAACAAAGGCUUAACGAGCCUCGCUUAGGUGUCGGUUAUCAACAUGUUAACAAUUAUCGAGAACAGUGAUCAAAGGAUCGAUAAAAGGAUGAAAUGACUGCUGACGUCAGUGAUUUGUGACACAUGAAUGGCCUGAAUAGCGAAGGUUUAGAAAACUGAGCGAGUCAGUGCGUGGACAUUGACCGCAAGCGAUACACCGGUGACCACCAUCAUUUCUGUAACAGACGAAGAAAUCAAUCACCGCCUCCGUUUGUUGUGAUUUAACUCGGUGAGAACUGUCAGAAGGAGUUGUUCAUGAUGAGAAUGUGCUUAAAAUGAAAGUAGUCCAGGAUUACAAGUUUCUUCGGGUAAUAAAACUGAUACGACACUACUGUAGUAUCGUACUGUUAGGAGACACGCGCUAGCGGUCAAGGUGCAUUUUAUUAUUUAUCUUUUCCUUUUCAGUGACUUUAGGUUUUUCUCUCUCUCACUCACUCUCUCACACACACACACACACACACACACACACUGGGGAUCUCUCUCAUUACUGUCCAUCUGAACAACACAUAAAUAGACAGCCAGUAAUUUGACACAGAUGUAACUCAUCACACUACCUGCUGAUUGAACCCGCCUCCUUACCCUUCACCACGCCCCUUGCUGCCACGUGUACUUUUACUAACUGAAAGUUUAUAAUAUUUGUUAUUUUUAAAGAUGUAGAAAAAAGUGACUUUCCUUUACUUCAUAAAUAUGCCAGUGAGUUAAAUGUAAAUAUAAAUCAAACACAGUUGGUCUUGUUUUAUGUAAAUGUGAGUAACUGGUGUGACAAGUGGCUCCAUUUCAGUGUUACAAACUUUUUUGGUAUAACGAUCUAUUUGGACGCCUCCAUGGAGUUCGUUACGUUAUAGCGGGGUUGCGGUGCACUACAGUUGCGGUGUGUUCAGGUGAGAUCUGAUCUUAACGUACAGCAGAAAAGUAAGUAAAAUAAGGAAUCAGACUUUCGGAGCACGUUCUCUAACAUCUUUAUACUGCUUACACUCACUGACUACACAAAGGAACAAAUAAAUGAAACGCAUGAAUCCCAUGGCUCUGUCACAUGACUCUUAGAACGCACUCGUUUUCUGUUUUUCCAAAUUAGUCUUUUUUUUUUUUUUAUAUAUAAGAGCUGAGGUUUCAUCUGUUGUGUACCGGCUCGCUCUCAAUCAACUGAAUUCUAUCUUGGUUUAUAUUUACAACAUUUAAGUUGGUCAGUAAAACUAUUGAAGAUGUUUUUUUUCUUUGUACUUUUGUCAGUUAAAUAAA